GUGCCGGAGACGGAGCGGAUUGUCGAAAGGCGACUUAACGGGACGUCCUCAGCUUCUAAUUAAGAGUCUACGUGACGGUUCCAUCCCACGGGAACCAUGCCCAACACCUCUCUUCGACGGCCAAAAAAAGGCUACCGCCGCGGUGGAAAGGUUGCCUACCAUGGCCCACGGACCCGCACAUUCGCCGCGUCCUCGAGCGCACGCGGCGAGGCGACCUCGACGGACGAGAAGUGGGAGCGGACGGCGCUUGCCCACCAGAUUGACGAGAACAUGGGAUUUGGACGCUACGACGCGGGGCGCAAGCGCGAAGGCUGGCUCGUCAACGUGCAGCCCACUUCAAUCGACGACCCACGAGUGCCAGGCGGCGGCGGCAGGGCCGCGCUCGACUGCUACUUCAUCGAGGAGGAUGGGUCAACCUUCAAGGCCACGGUGGAGUACGAGCCGUACUUCCUCAUUGCCUGUCGGAAGGGCCACGAAGGAGAGGUUGAGGAGUGGUGCAAGCGGGUGCCCGGCGCUGGCGUGGUGAAGCACAUCAAGCGGGUCGAGAAAGAGGAUCUCAAGAUGCCGAACCACCUGCUGGGAUAUCGGCGGACAUUCCUCGAACUGCGGUUCCACAACGUGCAAGAUUUGAUGGCGGCUCGGAGAGAUAUCAUGCCCAUUGCCGAGAAGAACAAGAAGGGGAUGGAUGCCAUGGACACAUACGCCGAGGUUGCGACCACGAACGGCGGCUUUGAUCUUUUUGACGACGACCCACGAGCUGAUGAGCGACGAAAUAAUGCUUCUUUCGCUGAGGCGAGUGACUUCAUUGUCGAUAUUCGGGAAUACGACGUUCCGUACCACGUUAGAGUAAUGAUAGACUUAGACAUCCGUGUGGGCAAUUGGUACUUUGUGGAGGCCAAGAACGGAGUCACGACAGUCACCCGCAACGAGGACCGCCUCGCUCCGGCGGACCCCGUCGUCAUGGCGUUCGAUAUCGAAACGACCAAGGCCCCGUUGAAGUUUCCCGACGCCGCCGUCGACCAAAUCAUGAUGAUGUCUUACAUGAUUGACGGCCAGGGGUUCCUCAUCACCAACCGCGAGAUUGUCUCGGAGGACAUUGCCGACUUCGAUUACACGCCCAAACCCGAGUACCCUGGGCCGUUCAUGAUCUUCAACGAACCGGACGAGAAGGCUGUUCUGGAACGAUUCUUCCUCCACGUCAAAGAGGCUCGCCCUACCGUCAUCGCCACCUACAACGGUGACUUCUUCGAUUGGCCCUUCGUCGAGGCCCGUGCCAGCGUCAACGGCAUCGACAUGUACCACGAGAUUGGGUGGAAGAAGGACAGCGAGGAUCAGUACAAGUGCAACUACAGCGUGCACAUGGACUGUUUCCACUGGGUCAACCGCGACAGUUACCUCCCGCAGGGCAGUCGAGGUCUCAAGGCAGUCACCGUCGCCAAGCUUGGUUACGACCCCGACGAGCUCGAUCCCGAGCUCAUGACCCCCUAUGCCAGCGAACGGCCCCAGACUCUGGCCGAAUAUUCCGUCUCCGAUGCUGUUGCCACCUACUACCUCUACAUGAAAUACGUGCACCCGUUCAUCUUCUCCCUCUGCACCAUCUUGCCUCUCGGCCCCGAUGACACCCUGAGGAAAGGCACAGGCACGCUUUGCGAAAUGCUGCUGAUGGUGCAAGCCUACAAGAAGGAGAUUGUGCUGCCGAACAAGCACGUCGCACCGAAGGAGUCGUUCUGGGAAGGCCAUCUUUUGGAAUCGGAGACGUACGUGGGUGGGCAUGUCGAGAGUAUUGAGGCGGGCGUCUUUCGGUCGGAUAUCCCCGUGAACUUCGCCGUCGAUCCCGGCGCUGUGGACGAACUGCUGCGCGAUCUGGAUGCCGCCUUGACGUUCAGCAUCACGGUUGAAGAGAAGAAGUCGAUGGACGACGUGACCAACUACGACGAGGUCAAACAGCAGAUCGCCGCCAGGCUCCAGAACCUCAAGGAAACACCCAACCGCAGCGAGCGCCCCUUGAUCUACCACCUCGACGUCGCAUCCAUGUACCCUAACAUCAUGACGACCAACCGGUUGCAACCGGACUCCAUGAUCUCGGAAUCCGACUGCGCAGCCUGCGACUUUAACCGCCCGGGAAAGACCUGCGACAGGAGACUUCCUUGGGCUUGGAGAGGCGAGUACUUGCCAGCGAAACGGGACGAGUACAACAUGAUCAGGCACGCCCUGGAGAAUGAGAAGUUCCCCGGCAAAGGGGUCAACAGCCCAAUGCGCUCGUGGCAGGACUUGAGCGCAGAUGAGCAGGCCACGCUCACCAGGAAGAGACUCCAGCUCUACUCGCAAAAGGUCUACCAUAAAAUUCACGACUCCACCACCAUCGUCCGCGAAGCCAUCAUCUGCCAGCGAGAGAACCCCUUCUACAUCAACACCGUCCGCGACUUCCGAGACCGGCGCUACGACUACAAGGGGAAAGCCAAGGUCUGGAAGGGCAAGGCAGAAGCACUGAAAAGUUCGGGGGCGCCAGCGUCGGAGAUUGACAACGCCAAGAAGAUGAUUGUGCUGUUCGAUUCGCUCCAGUUGGCGCACAAGGUCAUCUUGAACUCUUUCUACGGCUAUGUCAUGCGAAAGGGUUCGCGUUGGUACUCGAUGGAAAUGGCCGGCGUCACCUGCCUGACGGGAGCGACCAUCAUCCAGCUGGCCAGGUCGCUGGUGGAGAGGCUGGGCCGCCCCCUUGAACUUGACACGGACGGUAUCUGGUGUAUGCUGCCGGCCACAUUCCCAGAGAACUUCGCCUUCAAGCUCAAGAACGGCAAAAAGCUGGCCAUCUCGUACCCCUGCGUCAUGUUGAACCAUUUGGUCCAUGCCAGAUUCACCAACCACCAGUACCAGACAUUGGUCGACCCGAAAACCUUCAAGUACGAAACGCACAGCGACAACUCCAUCUUCUUCGAAGUCGACGGCCCGUACAAGGCCAUGAUCCUGCCCACGUCCAAGGAGGAGGACAAGAAUUUGAAGAAGCGAUAUGCCGUCUUCAAUCUUGACGGCAGUCUGGCAGAACUGAAGGGCUUCGAGGUCAAACGGAGAGGCGAGCUCAAGCUCAUCAAAAUCUUCCAGCAGCAGAUCUUCAAGUUCUUCUUGGAGGGCACCACGCUAACCGAGUGCUACGCUGCCGUGGCCAAGGUCGCCAACCGAUGGUUGGAUGUCCUUCACAACAAGGGCUCUACGCUCGCCGACGAAGAGCUCAUGGAGCUCAUUUCGGAGAACCGCAGCAUGACCAAGACCUUGGAGGAGUACGCUGGACAAAAGUCGACGUCCAUCACGACGGCAAAGCGCCUCGCCGAUUUUCUGGGCGAGGGGAUGGUCAAGGACAAGGGCUUGAACUGCAAGUUCAUCAUUUGCGCCAGGCCCAGGAAUGCUCCAGUCACUGAGCGCGCCGUCCCCGUGGCCAUCUUCUCCGCGGAAGAGGAGACCAAGCGCAUGUACCUGAAGAAGUGGCUAAAGGAAGAACCUGCCGACACUGACCCGCGCGCCUUGAUCGACUGGGAUUACUACCUCGAGCGUCUGGGCUCCGUCAUCCAGAAGCUCAUCACUAUCCCCGCUGCCUUGCAGAAGGUGCGCAAUCCUGUGCCGCGCGUUCCGCACCCGGACUGGCUGCAGCGCCGAAUCAACAACAAGGACGACAAGAUGAAGCAGAAGAAACUCACGGAUCUGUUUGGGCCGACCACCAAGGGUGGGCCCCUGGAAGAGAUCGACAUUCCUAACACCAGCAGUCGCCUUGGUGACAUGGAAGACAUUGGAGAUCUCCUGAAACCCAAGACCGUCAGCUCUGCCAUCGCGGCGUCGCAAAAGGCAUCAACCGCUCAGAAACGCAAGAGCCCGGAGCCAGCUGAGAAGCAGGAUCCAUUUGCGUCGCUACCGAAGAAGAUGCCCUCGCCGAGUGAGGAUUAUCCGGCGUUCCUGGAAUACCAAAAGUUAAAGUGGAAGCUCCAGAAGCAGGCGCGGGCGCGACGGCGGCACCUCUUCGGUGACCGGCGCGGGAACAUUCAGAGCAACCUCCAACAGACUUUCCGGAACCAGGCCGAGAUGACCUUCAAGAACACGUGGCAGGUGCUCCAACUCAGGGCCACCGACAGCCCUGGCAUUGUCCUUGCCUACGUGCUCAUUGAUGCCAAGAUCCAUACCGUCAAGAUCAACGUCCCGCGUCAGGUCUUCCUCAACCUCAAGAGCCGAGAAUUACCUGACAUCGAGGUGGAUGGAUGCCACGUCGAGCAGGUCAACCACACGCUGCCCAAUGGCCACUCGUCAGUGCAUCUCUUCAAGCUCACGGUGCCGGAGGAGAUCUACUUUGCCGAGGCAGAGAAGUUCUCGUUGCUCUUCAACCAUCCCAGCGUCGAAGGCGUGUACGAGAAGGAGCUUCCGCUCAAUCUUCGCGCCCUGCUUCAGCUUGGGAACCGCUGCACCAUCGAUCAAACUCAGCCCGGCGUGCUGGGCAAGGGACUUGACCAUGGCUUUGACCUGGCCAGCCUGACGAAGCCGGCGAAACCGAAGCCCUACCUCGAGGGGGCGCGCAUGUCGUACAUCUACCUGUCGCACAUCAGCGCCGGAGAGCGCCAGAUCUUCGGCCUCUUCUCGACAUCGGGCGACCGCGCACACAUCAUCAUCCAGCAGAAGAGCAAGGACGGCGGCCAGGAUCUGCCGAACGUCUCCAAGCUGUACGCGGACUUCCUCGCCCGUAGGCGCCGCGAGGAGCCCGCAGAUUCCAACUGGCAGGAAUGCUUCCCAUACCAAGAAAAGUUGGCGUUCAAGGUCACUCAGGUCACCACGAGGCGAAAGGCGUUCCUCGAGGUCGGCGAUGUUGUCAAGAAGAUGAAGAAGGAGGAGUCGGGGCCGACCAUGAUGGUGAUUCAGUCGUCCCAACGUAACCUCCUGGUCCACGACAUCCCGAUCUUGGGCGAAUUUCCAGUACUACCGCUGCGGUACGACCAGGCCGAUAGCUCCUUGCCGCCCCUGGGCUGGCAAACCGUGGCUGCUCGCCGCUUGGUCAACCACUACCUGAGCCUGGGCUCCUGGAUAACCCAUCUGACCGCUCUGGCGGCGUACGGGGAUGUCCCUCUGUGCAACCUGGAACGCGACGACCCUCGGUUCCUGAUCGACGUCGCCUAUGCUCGCCGCCUGCAGGCCAACAACGUUGUCCUGUGGUGGUCAGCAAGCCCGCUCCCCGACCAUGCGGGCUACGAGAAGGAUGAUGUUGCCGGCCCGCUCGACCAGGUCCAGAUGCCGUCUGUCAACAAUCCCGGCACUUUCGCUUCUGUCUGCGUCGACCUGGAGGUCCGCAACCUCGCCAUCAACACCAUCCUGACCUCCUCGCUCAUCAACGAACUCGAGGGCGCCGACAGCAUCUCGUUCAACCCGGCAGGCGACGGGACUGGAGAAGGAGACGAAGCCCUAUACGCCGAGAACGCCUUCACCAACGCAGGAGUGCAGGUUCUCCGCGAGAUGGUCAAGUCAUGGUGGGCCGAAGCUUGUAAAGGGUCGACGAUGGCUGAUGUCAUGGUCCAGCACCUUGUCCGUUGGGUCGAGUCCCCGGCCUCGUGUCUGUACGACCGUGCUCUACAUUACUACGUGCAGAUGAUGAGCCGGAAAGCCCUUCUCCAGCUCAUGGCGGACUUCCGGCGGGUCGGAUCACAGGUCAUCUUUGCGAGCCCGAACCGGCUGCUCCUGCAGACGACCAAGGCGGAGGUAGCCAACGCCUAUGCUUACGCGCAGUAUAUCCUGAAGAGCAUCAAGUCAAAGCCCCUCUUCCACUUCAUCGACCUCGAGAUCAAGGAGUACUGGGACUACCUCGUCUGGUACGACGAGUUCAAUUACGGCGGCAAGGCGUGCCAGCAGGUUGUCGAGCGGGACGAGCAAGACCUCCAGCUGAUCAUGCACUGGCAGAUGGCGACCUUCCUGCCCAUCCGCCUGCAGCCGACCUUCCGUGACUGGGUGGUUGAGUUCAUCGAGCUCAUGCACAGCCUCAAGCGGCCCGCCACGGGAAGCGACCCCACGGCGACGCCGCGCCUGACUCAGCUGCCCGUCCGCAACGGCAACGCCGGCCUGGCCGAGGACGCCCCAGGGCAGAUCAUCCUCGGCAAUGCGUUCGAGAAGCCGCUCAAGAAGGAGAUCAUCUCCCUUAUCGCGACGCAAAAACGCGAACUCCUCCACCCGGAGCUCGCAUCAGACUACACCUUCCCUCUCCUUCCCGGCUCGCACCUCGCCCACCUCACCCCGCAAGCCGCCGUCACCAGCACCAGCACCAGCACCAGCACCAGCACCAGCAGCAGCAGCAGCAAACCCUCCCCCCCAUCCACCGCCAACCCCGUCCUGGAGCUAGUCAAGUGCCUGAUGCAGGUGCUCUCACUGGACCGGAACAUCACGCUCGAGGCGCGGCUGCUGCGCAAGGAGCUGCUCGCGCUGUUCGACGUGCGCGAGUUCGCGCGCGACGGCGCCUUCGCCAACCCGUCGGCCUCGCUGCGCCUCGCCCAGCUGAGCUGCGACGCCUGCACCAUGGCGCGCGACCUCGACUUCUGCCGCGACGAGGACCUGCUGCCGCCGGGUUCUGCUGCGGGGGGGGCGGCGGGCGGUGUUAACGGUGGUGGUGGUAGUGAGGUGACGACCUGGCGCUGUGCGUUCUGCGCGCAGGAGUACGAUCGCAACGAGAUCGAGGAGCGGCUGCUGGCUGGCGUGGAGGCGCUCGUCGUGCAGUGGGCCACGCAGGAUCUCAAGUGUGUGCGGUGCGGCGCGCUGCGGGCGAAUGAGUUUAUGGAGCACUGUACGUGCAGCGGGGAGUGGAGGGAGACGGUCGACCGCGGGGAGGUGGUCAGGAGGUUGGGCGUGUAUCGGAAUGUGGCGAGGUUCUAUGGGCUGAGGAUGCUGGGGGAUGUGGUCGACGGGGUGUUUGAGGGGCUGUGAUGCUUCCCUGCUGCAUGUUUGGACGGUGCGAGCUGUGAUGUGUAGGGCCUGGACGGAGUAAGGUAUUUGUUUUGCAAUUAGUGGAAUUGUUGU